CCGCGAAAACAACAUCUGUUUGAUCGACUAGACCGGGGCUGGACUAGACCUACCAAUCAAGAAAUGGAUUUUCUCGGGCAAGCGUCUAUCCCCUGUCAAACCAAUUUGGAAGGGGCAUCCGCUCACAUCUUUCUGACUUUAAUAAAUGCUCUAACGGCGAGCCAAUGUACGCUGGGAUCGAAAGAUCAAUAUCCAGCAGACUACGGACCAAAGUUAGUAGAUGGAGAGGAAUUCGAUUUCAUAGUUGUCGGGGCGGGAUCUGCAGGUUCUGUGGUCGCCAACAAGCUUUCGGAGAACUCGCGAUGGCGUGUCUUAGUUUUGGAAGCAGGUGGAUACCCGUCGGCCACCAGUGAUGUGCCGGUCUUGCUCUUUAAUCUCCAAGGAACGAACGAAGACUGGAAGUACCUCACGGAAAAGUCUACCAGUUCGUGUAUGGGCUACGUAAACGGCCAAUGUCGGUGGAGUAGAGGGAAAGCUCUAGGGGGCAGCAGCAGUAUCAACGCCAUGAUUUAUAUCAGGGGGAACAAAGGAGAUUACGAUUCUUGGGCCGAUAUGGGGAAUUACGGUUGGGAAUACGCCAAUGUGGAAAAAUUAUUCCGUAAAAUCGAAAAUUACGAAGGAAAACAUGACGGGAUUGUGCAAUACGGCAAAAACGGAUACCAACCGAUAAGCUGGUAUGACAACAAUCAGCCCAUAACGCAAAGCCUCAUGGAAGGGGCAAAUAUUUUGGGCUACCCAACAUUGACCGAAGAAGACUGUUUGAACCCAUUGGGGUACUUCCAAUCGACUAUAACGAUUCAAAAUGGAGUCCGCGCAAAUGCGGCAAAGGGUUUUUUAGGUCGAGUCAAAGAUAGAAGCAACCUGUAUGUAGCAAUCAAUGCAUUGGUGACUAAAAUCCAAAUAGAUCCGUUUUCAAAAAAUGCUACAGCCGUCGAACUACAAAUCGGACUCAAAAAAUUGCAUCUAAAAGUAAAAAAGGAAGUCGUGCUAAGUGCCGGCGCUUUAAACACGCCGCAAGUCCUGAUGCUAUCUGGCAUAGGUAGUAAGUUGCAUUUAGAGAAUCUGGGCAUCGAAGUUAUUGAAGAUCUGGCAGUUGGUUUAAAUCUCCAGGACCAUUUGUGCGUGCCGAUUUAUGUACAACUCGAUCAAACGGCACUUCAACCAAGAGACGCGGCGGGUAUGGUAGACGACUUGUAUGAAUACUUCAUGUACCGAAAAGGUGUUGCCGGAACGAUAUCGCUUACCAACUUGCAAGGUUUCAUAAACACAAAAAAUGAUUCUCGGUAUCCCAAUAUUCAACUUCUGCACGUUCUUCAUCAAGCGGGGGACGAAUUCACUUUGCCUACGAUACUGAAUGUUGUGGGAUAUCCCCCGGAUAGUAUCCGCGAGCAAUUAGAACUGAAUAAGUUGCAUCCCACCAUUCACUUCUUGCUUGUCUUAUUAAAGCCGAAAUCGAGGGGAAAAAUUUUGUUACAGAAUCAAAACCCACGGGAACCGCCUUUGUUUCACUCUGGAUAUCUAACGGACCCCAAUGGUGAAGAUCUGGAGACAAUGGUGGAAUCCGUGAGAUUCGUUCAAAAACUGAUACAAACUGAACCGAUGCAAAAGCACAAUGCCAAACUGCAUGGAUUAACCCUCCCGAAUUGCCAAGGUCUGGAGUUUGAUUCGGACGACUAUUGGAGAUGCUACAUCAGAAACUUGGCAACCACGACCUAUCACCAAGCAGGUACGGCCAAAAUGGGACCGUCAUCGUAUAGAGAGUCGGUAGUCGAUCCAACGUUAAGGAUCCACGGCGUUCAAAACAUAAGGGUUGCGGACGCCAGUGUGAUGCCGGAGCUUGUCAGCGGAAAUACCAACGCGGCGUGUCUUGCUAUUGGGUUGAGGGCGGGAGAGAUCAUCGCCGAGGACUGGGAGAACGUGAAGGAGGAAUUAUAGAGUUGCUUAUUGACUAUGCGUUAUUUAAAAAUAAAGAUUAUUUUGUUUGCAAAACAA